AUGGACGCAUCAGGCUCCAGGCAGGACCUCGUACGCAAUGCCGUCCUCUUCCUCCAGGACCCAAAGGUCCAAUCGUCCCCGCUCGCACAGCGCCUAGAGUUCCUCCAGAACAAGGGCCUCACCGAGCCCGAGAUCCAGCAGGCGCUCGGCGAGGCCGCCAACCCGGGCUCGACGCUAGCCCCCGCACCACCCACGUCGUCGGCGCCAGUCGCCCCGCCGGCAUACGCCCGCGCCCAGCAGGCGCCCGGUGCGGCCUCGCAGCAGUACGGGUACGGGUUUGCGCAGGCGUAUGCGCAGCCCAUCGCGCCGCCCGAGCCACCCAAGCGUGACUGGCGUGAUGUGUUUAUCAUGGCCGUCGUGUCCGGUGGUGUCGCGUACGGUCUCGCCGCGCUCGCGAGGAAAUACCUCGUCCCCCACCUCAAGCCGCCUUCGUCCACGGCCUUCCAGGAGACGUCUGCCGAGCUCACGACGCAGUACGACCAGGCGCAGACUGCGCUCGACGAGCUGCGUGCCGAGACGGCCGCGCUGGCCGCCAGCGCCGAGGGCGAGCGUGUGCGCGUGGCGUCGGCGCUCGACGACGUCGAGGCCGCGGCCCGUGCGGUGCGCGACGCCGAGCAGCGGUGGCGCGACGACAUGCGCGAGGUCCGCGGCGAGGUCGAGAGCGUCCGCGAACUGGUCCCGCGCAUGAUUGAGAAGCACGCCGGCGCGCAGAGCGCCGCGCUCACGGAACUCCAGAACGAGCUGCGGUCCCUCAAGACACUGCUCGUCGCGCGCCAGGGCGCCGCGGCCGCGACGGCGGCGGCUGUCGCGACGCCAGUGGUGACGGACACGGCGGCCGUGAGCGGCACGUCGUCGCCGGCGCCGGUGCCCACGCCCACGCAGGCCGCGGCCAACGCCCUCCUCGCGCCCCGCGGCAAGGCCAGCAUCCCGGCCUGGCAGCUCGCCGCGCCCGCGGCCAACGGGUCGAGCGCGAGCGUCGCGUCCACGGUCCCCAGCACGACUGCUAGCGCCAGCGCGUCCGGCGCGUCCAGCCCCACCAGGGAGUAG